CUUAGCAACAUAUUAAGCAGCUCAGCUCUGUUUAGAGAAGGCCUGAGAUAUUCAGGAUUUUAAGAUGUGCAUAUUAUGAUAGAGAUGUAAAUACAGAUACUGUAUGUGUAUGUAUAAUCCUGCGGCAAACUCCAACUAUGAAUUAUAAUCAAUGUGGCAGCAGCAGACAGAAACUGCUACUGAAGACACUCAGUGCUGCUGAAUCAGCUGCUGUUCAGCUGCUGUCAUUCAGAGAUAGUCUGCACAAUGAUUUCAUUGAGUCCAGCUCGUCCAGUGAUCAGCGGUUUUCUCGACAGAAGAGCUUGUUGCUGGAGAAGUUGGAGGUUUUCAGAUGUCUGAUCUCAUCUGUCCAACAGCAGCUGAAAGAACUCCAGGAUGAAGAGGUACAUUUGAUAGACACAGAAAAACAGAUCAAAAUGUUGCAUGAAAAGAUAAAACAGACCGAGAGUGAUAAUCAGAAUUUAAGGUCAUCUUUGAUUGAAAAAGAGAAACAGGUCGAGGAAUUGAUGACUGUACAAAAAAGAGAAACUGAGCACACAGAGUCAGUGAUUCAGCUGUCUAAGUCAAUUGAAGCUACGCAGGCUCAUCUACAGACUCAACUCCGCAGCAAAGAGGAACAGAAUAACCGUCUGACUGUCCAGCUGAGGGCUCUUGAGAGAACUAUUGCACAUCAGAGACUAGAGCUGGACGAGCUGAGGCUUCAGAUCGCUUUCGUGUCUGAGAGUUCGUGUCAGGAGAAGGAGGCGCUGAAGAAAGCUACACGAGCUCAGAAACACAGAGCUGAGAAGUUUGAGGCGGCUGUGGAGAGAUGCCACAAGCAGCUGAGAGAGAAGGACGUUCAGUUGACUCAGAGAAGAGCAGAGAGAAACAUGUGGCAGAAACAACAGGAGAAGAUUACAGAGGAGAAACUUCAGCUGGACGAACAGAUACACAUGCUUCAAAAUGAAAUGGCAGUGCUUACUGCAGAGCUGCAGAGAGAGAGAGAUACAGCAAACUCAGCCAGUGAAAACUUACUGAACACGCUGCAGAAAGUUACUUUAGAAAAUGAAGAACUCAGACGAGAAAACGCUUCCUUCAAGAGCUCCAUUGCUGAUAUUGAGCAAAAGUUGCAGAUCUCUCAAGCUGCUCUUCAGGAACAAAAUGAUCUUGCAGAGGAGAGCAAACAUCAAACUGAACAGUACCAGCAUCAGGUAGCAGAACUCAAAGUUGAGAUCACAGAGCUGAAAAUCAAGCUGGAGAGCCUCAUUCAACAAACUCACGACACAAGAGAGGGACGAGAUGUUGAGAUCAUUCAGGUGCGUGAGGAUCUGGAGCAGCGCUUGCAGGAGCUGCAGGUGUAUCCAGAGUUACUGGUUGUCACAGAGCAGAAGCUGCAGCACUACCAGGAAGACCUGCGACGCUCUGAGCAGAGAUGCACACAAAAGACUGAGUCCAUAAGACAGCUGCAGGAUACGCUGAACAUGCAGAAGGAGAACGUCAAGACUUCACUGGAGAUGAAAGAGUCAGUUGAUGAAAAAAAAUCUCAACUGCAACAGAAAUUGAAUCACCUUCAGAAGAGACUAGAGGAGGUGCUGUGCGAGAACAGAGAGCUCAUCCACAGACUGACGGCUCAAGAGGAUGAGCUGAACUACAGCAGCAAACGACAGCAACUGCGCUCCGAUGAGUGUCAGACUCUCAACCGGCAGCUAGAGGAUACUCUCACAGAUAUUAAACAGCAGGUGUGUAAAGUGAAGGAGAAGGCCUGUAUCAGAGAGAGCGUCCUGCAGAACAAGCUCAUGCAAUUAGAGGCUGAAAAGACAAGAAGAGAGAAAGAACUUCAACAGCUCAGACAGAGCAAGCUUUCUAGUGAAAAUCAAUAUGAAGUCCAUCUGAGAGAUUUACAACUGAGUCUGGACCAAUCAGAGAGCCACAAACAGAGCAUUCAAAACUAUGUGGAUUUCCUCAAAAAUUCCUACGCCACAAUGUUUGAGGAAGUGCUGACUUCAGCAUAUGUGUCAUAAUACUACUCGAAAUGAUUUUUUGUCCUUUGUUUGUGUUUAUAUUGUGACAGAAAAAAAGCAUUUUGAAGAAUAAGAAGGACCAGAUUGUUUAGCAUUUCUUUAUUCGUAAUAAGGUAUACGUGCGGCAUUAAUGUACAAAUAUUUCUUCAUAUGAAUUCUUCAUACUAAAUUAAAAUCUGCUUCUAAAUUGAGGCAGUUUAUUUUAUACAUGUCAUUAGUUGUAUUUGAAAGUAAACUGUAAGCUUAUGUCUUAACAAAGUUGAUACAUUUCUUUAAUCUAGAAUAAGAAGAUACAUCUACUCUAUUUAUAAUUUGUAUGGUAAGUUGAUGAUCAGAUAAUGCUUUGAGGUGGUAACUGGUAACAGUAGUGCCGUAUAGCCACAUAUGUUUCACUGAUUGACAAUAAAUGUUAUAUACAGUUGAAGUCAUAAGUUUACAUUCACUUACGUUGAAGUCAUUGAAACUCAUUUUUUAACCACUCAACAGAUUUCAUAUUAGCAAACUAUAGUUUGGGCAAGUCGUUUAGGGCAUCUACUUUGUGCAUGACAUGAGUAAUUCCUCCAACAAUUGUUACAGACAGAUUGUUUCACUUUUAAUUGACUGUAUCACAAUUUCAGUGGGCCAGAAGUUUACAUACACUAAGUUAACUGUGCCUUUAAGCAGCUUGGAAAAUUCCAGAAAAUUAUGUCAUGUCUUUAGACAAUUAGCUUCUGAUUGGAGGUUUACUGAAUUGGAGGUGUACCUGGUGUGUUUUAAGGCUUACCUUCAAACUCAGUGACUCUUUGCUUGAAAUCAUAUAAACACCAUGGGACCACACAGCUAUCAUCUGUCUCCUAGAGAUGACCGUAGUUUGGUGUGAAAAGUGCGAAUCAAUCCCAGAACAACAGCAAAGGACCUUUGUGAAGAUGCUGGAGGAAACAGGUAGACGAGUAUCUAUAUCUACACUAAUGGACAAUGACCCCAAUCAUUCCUCCAAAGUUGUGGCAAAAUGGUUUAAGGACAACAAAGUCAAGGUAUUGUAGUGACCAUCACAAAGCCCUGACCUCAAUCUGCUAGAAAAUGUGUGUGCAGAGCUGAAAAAGCAUUUGCAAGCAAGGAGGCCUUCAAACCAGACUCGGUUACCAGUUCUGUCUGGAGGAAUGGGACAAAAUUCCCGCACCUUAUUGAGAGAAGCUUUUGGAAGGCUACCCUAAACGUUUGACCCAAGUUAAACAAUUUAAAGACAAUGCUACUAAAUAC